GUUCCUGUGAGGGGGUCAGACACGCUUGUGGACUGCGCUGGGAAGGAGGUGCUCAAGCGCCUCCAGGAGCUGGAUGUGAACGCCCUGGUGCACUUGCUGAAGGGAUUUAUGCUGGUGCCCUCCAGCGGCAGCAGCAGCGUGCAAGUCAUCAAGGCGCUUGCAGAAGGUGUGUCUGCACAGCUGGAUCGGGUCCGAGCACAG